GAUUAGUGGAAGCAUGACAAGACAGUGUUGUGCAUGAGGAAAUAUGUACCAGGACGGGUGGUGUAGUGUGAAAAUUAGCCAACCCAUGGCAUCUUCCAGGUGAUGGGACUCCCAAAUGCUCCCAGUUCCUGCCAGCAGGGCCAAUGGUGGUCAGGUGGGAGUUCGAAUCCAACAACAUCUGAAGGGUACCAGGUUGGGGAGGAAUAAUUAUGGAGAGGGCACAACGGGGGCAGUGUUUUGUACGUGUGUACAAAUUAAGUCAACUGGAGGGAGGGCGAAAUUCCCUCCCCUCCGCCUUAUCAGGGACGGGGGUGGGGAACAUGCGAGGCCUUCCAGGUGUUCGGACUCCCACCAGCAAACAUCUGGGGAGCCACCCUCCUCCUGCGGUGUGCAUCAUACUUUUGACAAUAUUAAAGAAAUGCAGAUCGCUCUGAACCCAACUAUGACUGUGCAGAUUUCAUCAGAGGCAGCAGACAAUCUUCAAGCUCUAGAACCUUCUCAUAUAUUUGAAGUGGAAACAACAAACGAUGAAGAGAAGACUUUGAAUAACCUUGUAGGCCUUUUGCAAGAUAUGGUGAAAAAUAUUCCAACAGCAUCAGCGCAAUCACAAACACCAAAACCAACAGAAACAGCAACUAUCAUAAUAUCCCACCCAGAGCCUUCCCACCCAGAGCCUUCUCCAUCUGAAGCAGUGGGCACAGUUUUGCUAAACCUGAAUCCAAAGACUGAGGGAAUACAAGUAGAGUCGUUGGAAACAGUUACCCUGACCAAUGAAAAUACCCCAACUACCUCAACAGCAUUUUGGGACCUCCGAAAUGACGCAGGUGCAUCAGUCGUUUUACAUUCUGAUAUAGUCACUCCGGAAGGAAAUACUGAAGAACAAACUGAGACAAGUGUAUUUUAUUCUGCUGAAACUACUCCAGAUCAAUCACUGGUCAGUGUGUCAUUUUUGUUGGAAACGGAUACUACCACGCAAAAAGCUAUGACUUUUGAUCAGCUAACAAAUGGAGCUUUGGCAAGUCUGGUGGAGUCUCUAAGGAACGUGAGAAAAAUGCAUGUGAAACUAACUCAUACCAGUAAUGAAUCAAAACACAGUGAAACUGCUGUGUCACAAUCCCCAGAGAAGUCUGUAAGUGCAGAAAUCUUGGAGUUGAUUGACAGACUCAUUGAAACCAUUAAGAAUGCACCUAGCGCAGUUAUAGAAGAUCCAGCUCUCAAUACCUAUCUUGGAAAAGCAGAGAGCUACCUAAAAAGUGCUCUGGAACUAGCGGGUGAAGCAGAGAAGAGGUUGGGAAAGGGAAAAGCAGAGGAGGUGAUGGAAGUAGUGAUUCCUUCCACAGGGUCCGAGAACGUGACAGUGGUGAUUCCUUCCAUGGAGGCUGAGAAUGUGACAGUGGUGAUUCCUCCCUCAGAGUCCGAGAAGGUGACAGUGGUGAUUCCUCACACAGAGUCUGAGAAUGUGCCAGUGGUGAUUCCUCACACAGAGCCUGAAAAGGUGGAAGCGCAGGGUCCUCCCUCGGGCCAGCAGUGGGUGGAGACAGAGAAGAAGGUGGAAGUGGUACUUCCUCCCUUGCCAUCAGAAACUGUGCCUGUAUCGACAGUGGCAGUCCAGUUGCCUGCAUCUCCACCUGAGUCUGUAGCAGAAAAGGCAGAAGAGGCACAAGUGGAAAUGGGGAAGUUAAAAGCAUUCAUUAACUUGCUAUAUGGUUUUAGUCCCCACCUAACUGCAUAUGCACAGAAUUCGGCCAAUAAAAAAGUUGGUGAGGACAUUGUUGAUAGAGCAAUGGCAGUCCUUCAUGCCAUAAAAAGCAUUUUCUGUGGAAAUCCUGAAGGGCAAAGCAAACUGAUGUUGCAGCAGUUGUUAAAGGAAGACAUGGAGCUUGUAAGACAAGCCAUGAAGGAAAAAAGAGUCUCUUAAGAAGACACAUUUGUUUCUUGGUUAGGGUAGAUAUUUUUCAUCCAAGUUAUGUAUCAGAAAUCAGUUUUGUUGUUUGUAAGAGCCAUUUACAUAUAUACAUAUAUAUCCAUCGUUUGUAGCCCUUUCCAAAUCUAGAAUUAAAUGCUUAUUUUUAAA